AUGUUCACUUUUGGCCUCGGUGGCCUCUUCUAUGUCGCUGUUCUCCUCAUCAAUGCGAUAGCGAUCCUCUCGGAAGACCGGUUCCUCGCGCGCAUUGGCUGGACUGCUGGCGCAGCAGAACCUAGCUUUGGGCAGCGAGACGAUGCGAGCGUAAAAGCACGUUUGAUAAACUUGGUUUCCUCAGUACGAACACUCAUGAGAAUACCACUCAUGUUCAUCAACACCCUCAUGAUAGUCUAUCUAUUGGUCCUCGGUUGA